AUGUUGCGACUCCAAGUGUACGCAAUUUCGCCCUGUCUGGAGUCCGAGACCGUUACUACAUGGGCUCCGGACCGGUCCAUGCAGACGCGAUCUAUCGACGAAGCAGGCAUGCGGGUGGAGAAAAAGUUCUUGCAUUUCACGGACCCGCGAUCUUCCUUGCUGGAGCUGUGCCACGAGAUUGCCGAGCGGUUCAAGUCCAUCUACCCUGACAACUUUGAGCCCCGGAUCGACUUCCUGCAGAGCGACACUGGCCUCGACCUGUCGCCCAGCUUUGUGUCUGGAGACGUGUUCAAGUCCGGAGAUGUGGUGAGAGCGAUUCUGCGGCUGCCCACAGACAUUGAGGAGUUCCGCAAGUUUCAGGGCGAGGCUCCUGGCAUCCGAUUUCUAGAGGAGGAUGUGGGAGAGGCAGGAGAGGUGUCUAAGAUCGAAGCACAGGUCGAUGAUAGCACCAUGAGCAGAGAUGGCCGCAAGCGAAGACGAUACACACUGCCCAAAGAGAUCACCAAGCGACUCAAGCGGGACUCGUCCGUCUACUCCGACGGGUUUGGCGUGCGUGAUCCCGAGUCGUUCGACCACACCAUGGAAGAGGAGGCUAUCUACGCCCACACAGUGACUGUUCGACGUCCUCGUUCCCGAUACAGCCAGGGAGGCACCGGAACCGGCCACAACUCCAUUCUGGAGAGUUCUACUACCUCGCUGAUCCCCCCUCCCCGGCCAGAUUUCGCCUCGUCCUCGACGACUGGACCUUCUCCUCCUGCUUCCAACAACCAUUAUCCUCAGUUGGAGAGCAGCCAGGUUGCUGCCGGAUCAUCUACACCCAUCCGUCUUUCUUCCAAGCUCGGAUCCACUGUUGUUGAUAAGGGAAAUGUGUCAAACCCCACCCCUGUUCGAGGCAGCACUUCUCUCGAUACCAUUCAGACACCCGUUCUGUCGCCGCAGCCCAAGGCAGCUAUCCAGGGUUCCCCCAUGAAGAGCCCUCCCCACGCACAGAAGGCAAUUUCCUUGCCUCCUGUGAAGAAGGAGCCCACCUCAAAGGAGUCUAAAGACAAGGAGCCUGUUGCCAAGCGUGCCAAGAUUGAGCCAAGGGUCGAGCGCAAGCCCGAGCCUGAGAGCGACACUUCUUUCUUGGCUGAGUUUAGUGACGAUGGCAAGUUUCCCACAGCUCUCAUGCAGGCCCGUGCUCAACAAAAGGCUGCCAUCGAGGAGAGCCGGCUCACUCAGCAGGCUCUUCGGCUUCACAUUAAGAGCCCCCAGUACCAUAUUCCUUCUGAGUUGGGCGACCACAUUUCUCCUGCCAAAGCAAAGGCUUCUCUGAACGCGUGGUUGGGGUGGAAGCAUGCCCAGGAGAGUAACUCUCCCGAUAUUGAGUUAGCUCGACACCGACUGGUUCAUUGCACUUUUUCCGCACUGGCUGAGGCCGCCAACAAGCAGCUCGACAUUGCCAACAACAAGGUGCAGAAGGGGCAGUUGAUGGCCUACCGUGAGACUUUCAGCGUGCGGGCUGAUAACAGCUACAAGUGUCUGACGGCGGAGCAAGUUGCUGCUGAGAAGCUGGCUGCUGAUGAGGAGGUCGCCAAGGAGGUUGCUCGAAUUAAGGCUAGACAGGUGAGCAAGGAUGCCCGGGAUACCAAGCGUCGUGUCCGUCGGGAGUCCACAGCUGCUGCUAAUGCCCAUGAGGCGGCCGUGAUGGCUGCCAAGGAAGAGCAUGACCGUGCAGAGGCGAUGCGUGCAAGAGAGGCAAAGGUUCGAGAGCAGGAGGGUGCCGAGGCGCGCAAGGAGAUGAUCGAGGACGAGAAGGCACGUCAGCUGAAGUUGAAGAAGGAGGAGGAGGCCAAGAAGAGGAAGGAGGAGGAGGCCAAGAAGAGGAAGGAGGAGGAGGCCAAGAAGAAGAAGGAGGAGGAGGCCAAGAAGAAGGAGGAGGAGGAGGCUAAGAAGAAGAAGGAGGAGGAGGAGGCUAAGAAGAAGGAGGAGGAGGCCAAGAAGAAGAAGGAGGAGGAGGCUAAGAAGAAGGAGGAGGCUAAGAAGAAGGAGGAGGCUAAGAAGAAGGAGGAAGAGGCUAAACUGCUCGAGCUGAAGAAGAAGGAGGAGGCUAAGAAGAAGGAGGAGGCUAAGAAGAAGGAGGAAGAGGCUAAACUGCUCGAGCUGAAGAAGAAGGAGGAGGCUGUCCGGGCAGCUGAGGAAGCCAAGCGCAAGGAGGAGGCUAAACUCAAGGACGCUGAGGCCAAGGAAAAGGCUGCCAAAGAGGCUGCCAAAAAGCUGGAGGUGGAGAUCAAGGAAAAAGCUGCUCAAGCGGCUAAGGGGUCCGCCAAAGCUGAGGCGGACAAGAAGAAGAUUGAGGAGGCAGAGAAGGCCAAGCAACUUGAGGCUGAAGAAGCGCGAGAGGCUCGAGCCCGACUAGCUCAGGAGCAACGAGAAGCCAAAGCCAAGGCCGCUCAGGAGGCAAAGGAGGCCAGGGAAGCGAAGAAGGCCGAGCAGCAAGCCGCUCGGGAGGCUAAGCUCCGAGCAGCCGCAGAGGCUAAAGAGGCGAGAGCGCGAGCAGCCGCAGAAGCUAAAGAAGCCAAGCUCCGGGCUGCAGCAGAGGCCAAAGAAGCCAAGGCCCGAGCAGCAGCAGAAGCACGUGAGGCAAAGAAGAUGGCUGAAGAAGCAAAGGCCAAGAAAAACGCCGAAGCUGAGGCGAAGCAGAAAGCUGCUGAGUCAAAGACUGAGGUCAAGAAACGAACCCUUGGUGCUGCUAAAGCCGCGCCUAUUUCUUCCCAGGACACGCAUGUUUCCGACUCUCAGGCUGAGGACAAGAUGGAUGUCGACUCUGAUUCCGACUCUGAUUCUGAUUCUGAUUCUGACUCCGACUCUGAUUCUGAUUCCGAUUCUGACUCUGACUCUGACUCUGACUCUGACUCUGACUCUGACUCUGACUCUGACUCUGACUCUGACUCUGACAACGGGCCCAAACCCGAGAUCAAGGCGAAGCCGGCAGCCAAGAAGAGUUCACAGAUGCCUCCUUCCACCCAACCUCCUCCCAAAGUGAAGCAGACUGCUCCCAAGUCUUCCCAGCCUACUCCUGCCAAGAAGGCAAUGAAGGAGGAGUCUGAGUCUGAGUCUGAUUCCGAUUCGGAUGAUGAUGACUCUGAUGACAGUGACUCUGACAGCGAGGACACCUCCAAGAAGAGAACCAUUGUCAAGACUCCUGCCAAGAACGCGAAGGCUACUACCAAGCCUGAGCCGAAGACUGCUGCGAAGCCUGCUUCUAAGACUGAGGCUAAGCCUGCUUCUAAGACUGAGGCUAAGCCUGCUUCUAAGACUGGGGCCAAGCCCGCUUCUAAGGCUGAGACCAAGCCCACUGUCAAGACUGAACCAAAGACGGCUGUCAUGUCUGAGCCAGCAAAGACUGCUCCCAAGGCUACUGCUUCCAAGUCUUCCACUACAGUGAAGCCCGAGGCCAACGGCUCUGCUAUCAAAAAGGAAGGCGAGGCUCCCAAGAAGUCUCCUUUCUCCAAUCUCAAGUCUCUCCAGUCUUUGGCCAAGAUGGGUGUUCCUGAGGUGAAGGACUCCAUUCCUUCCAGCCAGCCCCGAUUCUCUCAAGCCUCCCAGAAGAAGACCGAAAAGGAGGAGGAGUCCGACUCCGAUGAUGACUCCGACGACUCCGACGACUCCGACGACUCUUCUGACGAUUCUGAUGAUUCGGACGAUUCUGAUGACUCUGAUGACUCUGACGAGCAGCCUGCCGCCAAGACUAAGCGUGCUGGAGCUGGGCUCAAGAAAAAGAAGAAGAACAGUGGGUUUGCCAGCCUCAUGAACAAGUUUAUGUAA